CUAUUCAUUAUAUCUUUACGAUACAAUUUCCCCUUUAAAUUGCAUUACUUAUUUCGUCUUCUCUUAUUUUUUUCCUUUCGCCGGUCUGAAAUCGCUAUGCUAGAGCGAUGCGCUCCUCAUUGUGCUGGAAGAAAUCGGCGGUAGUAGAGUGUCCCUUGUUUAAUCAAACUGUUGAAACUUAUUUAAGUGUUUACCUCGCAAGUUUACACAUCCCUCAGUUGGGCAUUACCUUCCCACCAAAUUUCUACUUCGGACUCAAAAUCUUCGGCUGACAACAUGAAUAACAAUUCAACUACGUCGGAAUUUAUCAAAAUGACUUCGAUUUCUGAAGGAACAGCGGUAAAAACAGAUAUUCAUGGCAUUUACCGUUUCGGCGGAAGAUUCAAAUCAGUUCUACUCAGAUGGAAAAGAAGUGUAUAUCAACUCAUUUGGAAACAUAUGCUCAUCUAUGCAAUAGUCUAUGUAUCGCUAAGCAUCCUCUAUCAGUUCAUCCUCAAUGAAGAUGGGAAAAAGGAUUUUAGGGUACUAGCAGAACAUUGCACUGGCUACUCCCGCAGUCUCAACAUAAUGAUUGUUCUGGGAUUUUUCACGUCAACAACUAUGCAGCGCCUAUUUAAUAUGCAAAUCACGAUACCUGGAACGGCCAAGUCAAUUACCAUGUUCAUCCUAUCAUUAAAACCAGAUUUACCAGAGGGGCCCAUGAUUAUCGAACAGUACGCUCGGUGGCAAAUCCUAUCAUGGGUCUUUACAUUUCGCCUCGUUUGCAAACCUCUGUCUAAGAUCUAUCCAGAUCUUGCGUCGUUACAAACUGCAGGGUUAUUAACACAAGAAGAGAAGGAGAUCAUGGAAAACCCAGAAUUGACUAAUCCAAAUACACCACGUCCUCUGGUUGUUAUAGAUUGGAUAUUGCUGCUGUUGAAGGAGACAUUUUUAAAAGGUCAAUACUUUGCCGAAAUAAAUUACAUGAGAAACGUGGAUGUAGUAAUGGCAUUCAAAAAGAGUUGCGGCAAUACAAUCAAAUUUGCCACACAAAACAUUUCGCCAGCUCUCAUUCAGGCUGUCAUUCUAGCGGUCUAUGGAUUCGGUUGCAUCACACUGAUGGCUCGAAAUUUUAGCAAAGAAGAAGCACCCCUUUCUAAUGCUAUGAUUGCCUACAUCCCACUCAUGCCCGGACUGCAGUUCUUCAUUUACUUUGCCUGGCUUUGUUUUGGGAGAGCUGCAGUCGAUCCUUUCGGGGAUGACGAAGACGAUAUCAAUGUCAAACAGCUCGUACAAUCACACAUCGAGGAUUCCAUAAGGCUGAAGGUCAUUUACAAUCAAAAGCUACGGGAUCUUUUUCCAAAUUUUGCGAGUCGUCCUCAAACCGUAUUGUAAAAAAAGAGAACCCCUUUUAGCCCUCAUGGACCCUGUCGCUAUCAACGGACUCUAUGCGCCAAAUGAUUUUGCCUCUUUUCCGGAUAUAACUUGUCUAAUGUGAGAAGCGAGUGCAAUUAAGAUGCAACUAUUUGAACGGCAUCGGUUUUCAAUUGAAGAUAAAAUUCUGUUUUAAACA